ACGGUCUGAGUGCCGCUGCACUCUGCCUGCUGGAAGCCAGCCAGCCCCGCUGCCUGGUUGCUAUGCAGGUUCCUUUAGGGCACAAACAUCACUAGUUUGGGCAGGAAUAAGCUUGUGUUAGCUGGUGAGGGUUUGUAUGAACCCAGAUCUGCCACUCGAGCUUCUACGUGCUUGGAAAAGAGGCCAGGCCUCCCCCAAACCUUCUGGAGGAAAAGGGCUGCCUCCGCCCCACCUAUCUGAAGGCUGUUUCUGUUUUUCAUCCCCAAACGAGUUACACUUCAUUUUGAAUAGAGCCCUGUAAUAUUAACCCUUUGCUGCCUCCUCUUGCAGUCCAGCACAGGCACAAACUGCACAGAGCCAGCCCCUCAGCUUUGGGCUUUGUGAAUGUCUGCGGUGUGGAGCAGGUCCAGGGAGCCCACUGGUUCUGACUGGGAGUUUUGCUGUUGCCCUAGCGGGCGCUGGACUAAGACUUUUGAUUGCAGAGAGAAGCAUAGAAAAGGUGUUUCGGAUGAAGUAAGGAGGCAGGCCAGGGACCUGAAGGCCCAAUCAGGAAAUGGUCAAUAAAGCAGCUGACAGACUUAGCCAGAAGUCUGAAUGCUGGCACUGGUGUUUGAAGGCUGCUGUGCAGUGCAGCGAAGGUGGGUUACUCUGGUAUGAGGUGUUUGCCUGAAGGCUGAAAACUCUUAGUGAGUGAAAGGUUUGUUUUGCCACUGACCUAGCUGGCCCUGCCUGUUUGCACCACUGGGUAUUUUCUGGGGUAAUGUUAUGUGGAGCUUUAAUUGCUCUAGUCUUAAGUGACAGCUGAAAUCUCAAAAAGAACAGGAGUACUUGUGGCACCUUAGAGACUAACAAAUUAGAGACAGCUGAAAUCUCAGCUCCCCCUCACAGCUCCCUCCUUUCCAGUUGUAUUGGCUUUUUAAAUCUCUCCCCCCCCCCCCUUCGUCCAACUAGGUAAUUGCAUGUCACUAGACCCUCCUCCCCCAGAAUCAGCCUGUAAUGAACAAGUGCCAGCCCUGAACCACCCCAUGGCCCUCCAGCCUGGCAUCAGUUCAGUGUAGUCUUCAUUUAUACCAACGUGUUACCAUGGAGAAGGUAAAUGAAGUCAAAACACCCCCUCUGCUAAGUUAGGAAUGCUACUGCCACAACAACUGCCUCCCAACAAACCGCAUCCAGCCAGCCCCCAUCCACCAUGGCUUCACCAUCGCAGAACUCCACGACUGCCUCCCAACAAACCGCGUCCAGCCAGCCCCCAUCCACCACGGCUUCACCAUCGCAGAACCCCGCGACUGCCUCCGGAAACACCUCCCUUUCCACUGCUCCCACUGACAACACCACUGCAUCCACGCUGAACAGAACAACAGCAGCAGCUCCAGCCUCGUCCAGAAACCCAGAAUCUGCUUCCAGCCCUCCCCUGUCCCCGGCCAGCCCCAGUCCCACCAACACCUCAGCUACUCCUGCUGCCAACUCCAGUGAGACGCACUCGACUGAGCAGCCGGGGCCCAACAACGGCACAACAGCCAGUGGCUCAGCGGUGUCCUCCCUGAACAAGCCCACGCUCUCCCAGAGCCCCGGUCUGGUGGCCGUGAUCUGCAUCUUCGUGGCCUGCCUGCUCAUUGCUGCUGGGGUGGUGGUGGUGAAGCUCUGCCACAGGAGGGAGCCGGCGUUCGAGAAGCUGGACGAGGUGCCAAUGGGGAAGAUGACCGAAGACUCGCCCUUCGCUCGCUACCCUCCAAAAUAACCGGCGUCUCCCCCCGGCGGGAGCUGAGCCCAGCCUUGUGCAGGGGGGGGAAUCUGCACAUCUGUCUUGGCCAGGCUGCAGCAGCAGGGCGCCUCCAGCUCCGCCCGGCCCGGCCCGGUUAAAGCCCCCCUACCGCUCAGGGACGCCGCGUGAAUAAAGAGGCUGCUGGUUCUGCUCA